UUUUUUCCAAGUUCCCCGAUGGUCCCUUUUGAUAAUCCCUUGCAAAAAUUGUAAGUUUCGGAGGUGGUGGACUUUUUUCGGAGGUGGACUCUUUAAUUUUAUUUACCUGAUUAAAAUUUAAAAUUUUUUUUUAUAAAUUGCCGACAGAACUUUAAAUUUAAAAUUAAAUCUACCAAAAUUUAAAAAUUUUAUUAAUUACAGAUCUUUCUCUGUCUCUAUCUACUCUUCAUAUUUUUGUCUCCUUUUUUAAAGUAUUUGCGGGGCCCGGAGGCCCCUUCCAAAAAUUUAGUCGCCUUAAGACGACCCUUUCGGCGCUCCUUUCGCCGGCGAGCCAAUCUUGCUCUCAAACGUUGAUUUCGCUCCGAUACAAAUAUCGUCCUCAGCAUAUUGAAAAUGUCUGGGAACGGUAUUGAUGUGAGCUUUGGUGACAUGGGGGUAAAGUGUUGUUGAGUAGUCAAAAAUUUUUGUUUCCGAUAUAUAAUCCGUGAAUUAUAUAUGGCGACGUGAAGAAGGGUAAAAGGUAAAUAAAUAACUCAUUUGUAAAAAUACAAAAAUCAAAAGGUUGCAAAUUUUGCAAAAAAUGAGGAAAAUUAGUCAUAAUUAUCAUCCCUAAUUUUAUCACUCUAUUUCUCUGUCUCUCCCAAUAUUUCUCCCUAUUCUAUCUUCCCUCACUGUAUUCUAAUUUUCCUUAAAUGAGUGAGGAUGAUCGUCAAGAACUCAUUCCUUUUCUCUCCUUAAUAAGAAGUACAAAAAUUGCGGACUUCCGACAAUUGCGGACAAAAACUUACCUGUCAAAAUUUGGGCCACCAAUAGAUACAACAAUCAUGUAUAGGACCAAGUCCGCGUGGUAG